AGCCUCGUCUUCAAUCCAAGAUGUCAGCCUCCAUGAAAAUUAUGUUCUCUCACAUUUCUCAACUAAAUCACCAUUUACGGAAGCAGUAUGCAUCAAAUAAACUACUAUCAAUAAGCAGGAACUACGCAUUCUGGUCGCGUAAAAAGAAGGAAAAUGUUGAUGAAAUCAUCGAAACACGUGGUCAUAAUACUCAGGAAGAUGGACCAAAUGUCGACAAUGCUGUUCAAACACUUACAAGAAAAACGUCUGUGAAAACAACCCAUGGCUAUACUCCACCCUCUGAUGUUGAGCAGCGAGUGAAUACAAUUGCAACAGAUGUUUUUGGAGGAGACAUGACCCACAAUACAGUCAUUGGAGAUCAGUCUAAAAAAGUUAAGUUGCUGACAAAAUGUAUAGAUGCCUUUGAGCAUGACAUCCCAAACUAUGAACUAAACCAACUGAUAACAUUAUCAGAUGUCGUAAAAUAUUUCAACACUGAGAUUCGUGACACCACAAAAUAUGACGAACUAGCGAACUUGGAUUUGCCUAAAAAUCUGUAUAUUCAAAAAGAUUACAUUCGUUUCACAGAAGAAACAAAAGGAUUUUUUAAGGAUGGGAAAACUGCCUUCCCUGGUCGUGAUACCAUAGUAACAGGUCUGAAAUACAAGAAAAUGUACAAGGGAUAUAAAGAUACAAAGUAUAGAUUUGAGGAAUAGAUUGGUAUUUGUCAGUUUUACAAACGGUAGUGAUUUUGCCAAGGAUUUGAGGCCAGCUCAUUAGUAUCACAUUGCUGACCAGUAACAAUAUGUUUUUCCUAUGCAACAUGGACAUUUCUGGUGAUGUACAUCAACAGUAAUUGUUGCGUAUGGUAAUGGGACAUUUUAGCUACAUAAAUCCCUGAAUUCAUUCUUGUAACCAUGGAAAUAUGAUGUUCUCUUAAGACCUAGAUUUAGGAGUUUCUCACUUCAUAAAUUCUUGUGAUGAUGUCUCUCUGGAACAAAUGAACAGAGCAUUCCUUGUUGUUAGAAUUUCUAUCAUCGUAACCAUGGAAAUAUGAUGU